CAUGGACGCUGCCGAGGUGGAGUUUUUGGCCAAGAAGGAACUGGUGACCAUUAUUCCGAACUUCAGUCUGGACAAGAUCUACCUAAUUGGGGGAGACCUGGGGCCCUUCAACCUGGCUUACCCGUGGAAGUGCCCCUUUGGCUGGCCCAUUAACCUGAAACAGAGACAAAAGUGCUGCCUGCUACCUCCAGAGUGGAUGGAUGUGGAGAAAAUGGAACAGAUUCAAGAUCAAGAGCGGAAGGAGGAGACAUUCACCCCAGUGCCCAGCCCCCACUACAUGGAGAUCACUAAGCUCUUGCUGAACCAUGCUUCUGACAACAUUUCUAAGGCAGACACCAUCCGGACACUGAUCAAAGAUCUGUGGGACACACGCAUGGCCAAGCUCCGGGUGUCUGCUGACAACUUUGUGUGGCAGCAGGAGGCACAUGCCAAGCUUGAUAACUUGACUUGAUGGAGAUCAACACCA